CUAGCAGCUUUAUUUAAAAAAAACUUCUCUGAGGUGAAAAAACCACCGAAGCCAAAAGUGAAAGCAGUGUCAUCAUCUGAAUAUGGUAAGCUAAAAUUUGUCAAUAGAUGGUUUCUGUGUAGACUAUUUUUUCUAACCUAUAAACAUUAUUAUAAAGCAGAUUAUGUUGAUGAAGGUGACCCAACUUACACCUGUGUUCAUUGUGGAGCUAUCAUGUGGUUUGGAGAGCGCAUAAAUAAGACCAAAUCUAGAAAAAAACCUAUAUUUACAUUGUGUUGCAUGCAAGGUCAGGUCCAGUUGCCCUUAUUAAAGAAAUCCCCGGAUGUUCUAAUGAAGCUUCUCACAGGAAAUGAUAAGCUGAGUAAACAUUUCCAAAAGAAUACCAGAUCAUAUAAUAUGGUUUUUUCAUUCACUUCACUUGGUGGUAAAGUAGAUAAGUCUGUUAGAAAGGGACGAGGACCACAAAUGUUGGUGCUUCAUGGUGAGAAUUAUCAUCUGAUGGGAAGUUUAACCCCACCUGAAGGAAAUUAUGCCAAGUUUGGACAGCUUUACAUUGUUGACACAGAGAAUGAACUUCAAAACAGAUCUAAAGCUUUGAGAAAUGGGAAAAAUACUCAGACAGAGAGUACAAUUGAUGGGUUGAGGAAAGAAAUUAUUCAGCCUAUAAUGAUGAUGUUGAAUGAUGUUAAUCCAUAUGUUAAGCAGUUUCGAUCAGCUAGAGAUAGAUUUCGAAUGAAUCCGGAAGAGACUUUCCAUAUGCGAAUCGUAAGUAGAAGUGACAGAGAUGGUCGGACAUAUAAUAUGCCAACUGCAUCUGAGGUUGCUGCAUUGAUUCCUGGAGAUUUUAAUUUAGGAAUGGAUAAGCGGGAUAUUGUUCUACAGCAUAAGUCUGGUAGACUUACAAGGAUCGAUGAGAUUCAUAUUUCCUAUUUAGCACUCCAGUAUCCUCUGCUAUUUGUGUAUGGUGAGGAUGGAUUCAGGAUUGGCAUUAAGAAGGGUGUCACAGAAGCGUCGAAGAAACUCAAGAAAGAUACUAUCAGUAUGAGACAGUUUUUUGCUUUCCGGAUGCAAGAGCGAGAAAAUGAAUCACAUGUUCUUCUAUACUCCAGAAGGUUAUUUCAACAAUUCAUAGUUGAUGCAUAUACGACUAUAGAAGCCAACAGACUUAGGUAUCUGCAGCUCAACCAGACAUGCUUGCGUUCGGAUAUUUACGACUCUAUCAAGGAGUCUGAAAAUGCUGGACAGUCGGACAUGAAUGAACAAGGUCAGCAAUUUGUGCUACCAGCUACUUUCACAGGGGGUCCUAGAUACAUGAAGAAUAUGUACUUAGACGCUAUGGCCAUUUGUAGACAUUUUGGUUUUCCAGACCUUGUCAUCACCUUUACAUGCAAUCCAAAAUGGCCAGAACUUACGAGAUUUCUGAAAAAGAGAGGCCUGAAUUCAGAUGACAGACUAGAUGUUAUAUGUCGGAUGUUUAAGAUGAAACUCGAUUCUUUGAUGCAUGAUUUGACAAAGAAGAAUAUAUUGGGGAAAACAGCUUCAUCUAUGUAUACUGUUGAGUUUCAGAAGAGAGGUUUGCCACAUGCUCACAUACUGCUUUUUAUGCAUCCUUCAUCCAAAUUUCCAAAAACAGAAGACAUCGAUAAAAUCAUAUCGGCUGAGAUUCCUGAUAAGUCGCUUGAUCCAGAUCUCUACGAUGUUGUUAAGGAUAUGAUGAUUCAUGGUCCGUGCGGAGCAGCUAAUAGGAAUUCACCGUGCAUGGAAAAUGGACAGUGUUCGAAAAGUUUUCCUAAACCCUUUGCUGAUAAUACUAGAGUGAAAAAAGAUGGAUUUCCUGUUUACAGAAGACGUGAGCAAUCUAACAGUUAUGUUGAGAAGAAUGGUUUGAAAUGUGACAACAGAUGGGUCAUCCCUUAUAACAAGAAACUCUCUCUUCGGUACCGAGCACACAUUAACGUAGAGUGGUGCAACCAAGUUGGUUCCAUUAAGUAUUUAUUUAAAUACAUUAAUAAAGGAGCUGACCGUGUAACUGUGGUAGUUGAACCAACAGGGCCAGAUGUUGCGAAUCAAACAGCACCAAGUUCGUCUGCAGGGAACUCAGCUACAGCGACCUCGGCCGCAGCGAGCUCAGUUGCAGCGAAAUCAGUAGCAGCUAACUCGGCGUUAGGAAACUCUGCCAUGGAGACUGGUGGUAACAUAUUGAAAGAAACUGUGGAGAUUAAAAAAAAUGAAAUAAAGGAUUUCUUUGAUUGCAGGUAGUUUAUUAACUGAUCCCAAUGUAGAUAUGUUUCAACUUGUGAAGGAUCAUGGAGAAUUUUUAAGUUUCCAAUACAUUACAGAUCUACUGCGGUUGAGAAGUUGUCAUUUCAUCUUCCAGGGAAACAGACCAUUAUCUUCAAAGGGAAGGAUAAAGUUAAGGAUGUUGUCAGUCGUAAGCUCAUCGAAAACACAAUGUUCUUGGCAUGGUUUGAGCUGUGUAAGGUUGAUGCGUUUGCUCGGACUCUUACAUAUAUUCAGAUUCCCAACUAUUAUACAUAUUCGAAGAGCCAGAAGAAGUUCAAUAGAAGGAAACAAGGUUUCAGUGUUGGAAGAAUUAAUUAUGCCCCAAGGAAGCAGGAAAGCUCUUAUUAUUUGAGAGUUUUGUUGAACUAUGUCAAAGGUCCUACUAGCUACGAGGAUAUUAAAACAUAUAAUGAUGUGCUUUAUGAGGGGUAUAAAGAAACAUGUUAUGCUCGGGGAAUAUUGGAUGAUGACCAGGAGUACAUAGAUGAUUUGAUAAGGCGUAGCUAUGAUAGUUCUGCAGCAGUUGUUCGUGAUCUAUUUGUUCUAAUGCUUCUCUCGAACAGUCUUUCUCAACCAGAGGUGGUUUGGGAAAAAACUUGGGAACUCUUAUCUGAAGAUAUCGAGUAUAAUCGCAGACAUCAUUUCAAUAGGCCUGGACUUAAAUUGACUGACAAUGACAAGAAGUUGUAUGCUCUAAUAGAGAUUGAGAAGCUUAUGAAAAGAAAUGGGAGUUCACUUUCACUAUAUGAGUCUAUGCCAAAGCUUCCUGCCAAUGCCAAAUCGAUUGAAAAUGUCUUGAUAUUGGAUGAGCUAAGUUAUGAUAUGGAAGACUUGCAAGCCACUCAUGAUAUAGAUUUUUCAAAGAUGACUGAUGAGCAAAGGAAAAUCUAUGAUGAGAUCAUUAGUGCUGUUGUUGAAGAUAGAGGUGGAAUGUUCUUUGUUUACGGGUUUGGUGGCACAGGAAAAACCUUUCUUUGGAAACUUCUAUCAGCUGCUUUGAGGUGCAAGGGAGAUAUAGUUCUUAAUACUGCAUCAUCCGGAAUUGCUUCCCUGUUGUUACCAGGUGGCAGAACUGCUCAUUCCCGUUUUAGCAUACCCAUCAAUCCAGAUGAAUUCACUACAUGUUCACUGACUCCCGGAUCGGAUAAAGCUAAUUUGAUAAAGGAAGCGUCUCUAAUUAUCUGGGAUGAAGCACCAAUGAUGAGCCGACAUUGCUUUGAAUCCUUAGACAGAAGUUUAAAUGAUCUAAUGGACAAUCCAGAUAAAAAGCCUUUUGGUGGAAAAGUAAUUGUGUUUGGAGGUGAUUUUCGACAAGUACUUCCUGUUAUUACAGGAGGUUGUAGGGCUGAGAUUGUUCUGGCUUCCAUGAACUCAUCAUAUCUCUGGGAACAUUGCAAGGUUCUGAAGCUUACCAAGAACAUGAGAUUGUGUUCAAACAAUCUCACAGAUGAUGAGGCAAAAGAUCUGAAAGAAUUUUCUGAGUGGAUUUUGGCUGUUGGUGAUGAGAAAGUAUCAGAGCCUAAUGAUGGGGAGGCAUUAAUUGAAAUUCCAGAAGAGUUUCUAAUUAUGGACCCUAACGAUCCUAUUGAGACUAUAAGUCUGGCCAUUUAUGGAGACACUGAUUCAUUGAAAGGGAUGAAAGAUCCUAAGUUUUUUAAAGAGAGAGCAAUCUUAUGUCCAACUAAUGAGGAUGUAAAUAUGAUUAAUGAUCAUAUGUUAUCUAAACUCGAAGGUGAAGAAAUGAUUUAUAUCUCAUCUGACAGUAUAGAUCCAUCUGAUACUGCCUCGGUCAGUAAUGAAGCCCUCAGUUCCGACUUUCUAAACAGCAUUAAAGUUUCUGGGCUACCAAAUCAUAGUCUAAGAUUGAAGGUUGGUUGUCCUGUUAUGUUGCUUAGGAACAUUAAUCCUAAUGAAGGUCUAAUGAAUGGAACAAGAUUGCAAAUUACACAACUUAUGGAUUUCAUGGUGGAAGCUAGAAUCUUAACUGGUGACAAGGUUGGUAAAGACGUUUAUAUUCCUAGAUUGUUGAUCGAGCCUACAGAUAAAAGACUUCCUUUCAAGAUGCGCAGAAGACAAUUGCCUUUAACUGUGGCUUUUGCAAUAACCAUCAACAAGAGUCAAGGACAAUCAUUGUCUGAAGUGGGAUUAUUCCUUCCUAGACCAGUUUUUUCUCAUGGCCAGCUAUAUGUUGCUAUUUCAAGGGUUACUUCGAAGAAAGGUUUGAAAAUCUUGAUUGUGGAUAAAGAAGGGAAGCCGCAAAAUAAAACUACUAAUGUUGUUUUCAAAGAGGUUUUUACUAAUCUGGAAACCAUAGAUGACUGAUGUGUCUUGCUGCGAAUUUGUUUUGUGUUUUAGUACUUGCAGACUGAAAUUGGUGUUUUGGUUGUGUUUUUUGUUGUACUACAUUUUCUUUAAAGUUUUCAAAGUCAUUUCCGAUUUUGUACUAAAUAAAUUCUUUAAUCUAUCGGUUAGGAAGACUCAAUCUAAAAUAUUUUAUUCUAUCUUACUAAAGAGGUUUGAAAUCAAACCAAACAUGUAUUGAUCAUCAUGUUUUGACAAAGAAGAAAUAACAGUUUGCCAUCUAAAAUUAAACUUGCCAUGUAUCUAAUAAAAUUCAACAAAACAUAGAACAGUUAAUCAGCAACCCAACAACAGAUAUGCAAGAUCAAGUACGUUCAUCUACAAACAAGUCAGUUUAUAUAGUUUAUCAUUUAAGUAAUUGUACAAUCCUAAAGCCGAUAAUCCUAGGAUGAUUCUACAAGUUCAGUUCACGAUUUCUCGAAUAAAAU